AUGGGAGCGCCGAAGCAGAAGUGGACGGCGGAGGAGGAGGGGGCGCUGAGGGCGGGGGUGGACAAGUACGGCCCGGGCAAGUGGCGCGCCAUUCAGAAGGACCCUGCUCUCGGGCCCCUCCUUACUCACCGAUCUAAUGUUGACCUCAAGGUGCGUGUGCUGCUGGGGUGUGCCCCAAGUGCUGCUGUGCAGGUGCGCUCGUCUCGCCCCGAGUGCUGCUGUGCAGUGCGGGACAAGUGGCGCAACAUGACAGCAGCAGCCACUGGCGGCAGUGGUGGCAGUGCCAGUGCAGUGGUGCCCAUGCCACGCGUGCGCGCCCCCAGGGAGCAACAAUUGCCCCACCCUUCCCUUAACUCCCCCCCUCUACAGGACAAGUGGCGCAACAUGACAGCAGCAGCCACUGGUGGGGCCGGCAGCAGUGCCAGUGCAGUGGUGCCCGUGCCAAGGGUGCGCGCCCCCAGGGAGCAGCGGGCGGCAGCUGCGGCGGCACGCGCUGAGCUGGCAGCAGUCGUGGCGAUGGAGGAGGAGGAAGACGCCCUAUUGGCCGCCGCUGCUGCUGGCAGUGACGCUGAUGUGGCUGAGGGUGCUGAUGACGGUAGUGGUGCUGGUGAUGCGGAUUUUGCUGGUGGGGGGGGCGAGGCGGGGGUAGGGGCAGGGGAGAGCGGGUCUAUGGGCGGGGCUGGGGGGGGGACGGAUGGUGAAAGGGGCGGAGAGGGUGUGGGGGGGGGCAGUGCGAGCAGUGGGCGCACUGGCAGUCGUGGGGGGACGGGGGAGGAGGGGACGUGGACCGUUGUACCCUCCGCUGCUGCUGGCAUGGGCGUUCCUGUGACGAGCAAUGCAAGGUUGGAUGAGGCGAUCAUGAUGGCUGUGGCAUCGUUGGAAGGCUCACAGGCAGCACAUGGGUGCUCCGCUGCAGCUGUUGUGAAACACAUCGAGGACCACCAUGCAUCAUCGCCCAAUCUGCGCCGCCUGGUGCCGCAUCGCCUUAGAGCACUCUCAGAGGAGGGUUGCCUGGUGAAGGUGAGAGCAGGGGUGAUAGAACACCAUGUAGCCUCGCAGCGCACCUCUGUCCCUGCUCUCUCACUCCCACUCAUUGGCACGCGAGGCACCUCAACCACAUGCCUCCCAUGCUCACAUGCUCGUAAUGUCCGUCCACCUUCCCUGUGCCCCCCACCCACUGGCAGGGUGGGCAGUGGGAGUGCUGCAGAGAGGGUAGGCGAGGGUAGAGCCAGUGGGACAGCAGCAGAGGGAAGGGCGGGUGGGGCUGCUGCAGCAGCAACAGCAGCAGUAGCAGGGGUGGAGCAUCAUCUAGGCAUGCGCUCCACAGCUGCUCUUCACUCCUCUUCCCCCUCUGCCCCCACUGCUGCUGCUGCCGCUGCUCCAGUGGAUCGAAUAGCAGCAGACCUGUCGCAGGCCCACCUCUCCCCUCUGCAAACCACCCACACGCCAUCUCAUGCUUCUGCUGCCGCCGCCGCCGCCGCUUCUGUUGCUGCUGCUGCUGCAAGCACGGGUGGUGCUGGUCCCCAUGCUCCUACGGUGGGCCAUUUCAAGAAACUCCGUUUUCCCUCUCAGCAGUCGGCCGAAGCAGGAGGAGCCAGCGAAAGAGACCCAGGCGCGCGAGACCGGACCGAGAAGGGAAGAGCAGGCGAGCGUGUGGGAGAAGGAGCAAAGGAGGGGAAGGCGGUGGGUGCAGCGCAGAGUGCGUGGGUGCAAGAGCUGGCACGGAAGGCAGCAGAGGCGAUGGCAGAGGCAGAGGCAGCUGUAGCAGAGGCGGAGGCGGCUAUGAGAGAAGCGGAGGCCAUGGAAGCUGAGGCAGAGGCAGCAGAGGCGGCAGCGAGAGAGCUUGAGGGCAGGAGGCAAGCUGCUGCCGUCAGCUCAUAG